UAUCUUAUCUCGUUACCUUCGCAAACCGGUUUAUGCUGAUUCAUUCGAUUUUUUUUAUCGCACAAGAUAAUAAGAACUCGGCAAAGUUAUUGAACUAAGUAUUAGUAAUACAUUGGUGGUGAAAGCAUACACAUAUACUAGAGAUAGCUGUUCGCCAAAUUUAAUACAGCUGUUGAAAUCGGUACAACUUUGGUGAGCUCAAUUUUGCAAUACUAAAGAUACUCGAAAAAAAAAACCUUAUAUCGAUUGUCGCGCUACUUUCAUUGUCGAAAAAUUAUUUUCAUAUAUUCUUGUAACAUCUCUGUAUAUGUAUGACCUUAAUUUUGAAUUUAUAUUUAAAUAAUUUUUGUAAUAAUCUCAAAACAGCGAUGAGUUUAUCGGGUCUACCGCAUGUUUUGGUUACUAGUAGUGCAACGCCGACACCCGGUAUCGAUUUGCUUCGAACAAAAUGCAACGUCACUAUUAUGCCAAAUGUCGUAAACACUCGAGAACAAAUGUUAGAGGCUCUACCUGCGGGAUACGAUGCUAUUUUUCUUGUCGACAAAAAUAAAUUCGACAGUGAAUUCCUUGAUGUUGCCGGCCCAAACUUAAAAGUCGUAUCGACAAUGUCAGCCGGUUACGAUCACAUGGAUGUCCCGGAAAUUAAAAGGAGAGGAAUCAAGGUCGGCUACACGCCAAUGGUGCUAUCGGCUGCAGUUGCGGAGAUAGCUGUGCUUUUAAUGUUAUCUGCAGCGAGACGCGCCCAUGAGGGUCGCACGAUCCUGGAACAAGGUCAAGUAGAAAGCGGACCACAAUGGUUGCUGGGACACGAUUUACAAGGCUCGACUGUCGGCAUCUUUGGUUUGGGAAAUAUUGGUCAAGCGAUCGUUAAACGAUUAAUGACAUUCGAAGUAGGACGCUUUAUCUAUACCGGACAUUCGCGCAAGAAAGCAGGUGAUGAACUUGGGGCAACAUUUGUAUCUUUCGACGAUCUUUUGGAGCAGAGCGACUUCCUCGUGAUCGCGGCUCCCCUUAAUAACGAAACCAGAGGACUUUUCAACGAUAGUGCUUUCGAUAAAAUGAAAAAAACAGCUAUCUUCGUAAACAUAGCUCGCGGCCAAAUUGUCAAUACCGAUUCGCUUGUAAAAGCCCUUCGUGAUAAGAAGAUAUUCGCUGCCGGAUUGGAUGUUACUGAUCCGGAACCGCUACCACCGGAUCAUGAACUUUUGAAGCUACCUAAUGCCGAAAUUAUUCCACAUUUGGGCAGCGCAACAAUCAAGACCCGCAACGACAUGUCGACAGUUGCAGCACAGAACAUUAUUAAUGGUCUGGAGGGCAAGCCUUUAGUUUAUUCCUUAUAAUAAAUCAUUUCCUUGUAUAAUUUUGCCUACAUAUAUAAUUUAGCUCUUGUCUGACAGAUACUGAGUCGGACUUUUUCCAUAACAAAAUAAAUACAGGCAAAGGUGUAAUGUAUAUCUAAAACAUUUCUAAUGCUUAUGUAACGAACAAAAGAAAUACUUUAUGUGAAAUAGAACAAAUAUAAUUUUA